GAAGAAAAUAAGGUUCCAAAAAUCAAAGAAAAAAGGAACAUUUUCAGAGAACUUAGGGAACUUCGGGGUAACCAAAAGAGCAAAGAAAAAGAGGGUGUAAUUUCUGUGGAGCCGAUUGCCAUGGUAGUGCCAUCGGCAUUGCAAGACUUGCCAGAGUCUAUCACUCUAGAAAGCAGCGCCAAUUCAAGUACUACCAGUCGUUCCGGUGACCACCAUUCUCCAUCCUCUAAGAGUUCAUCUUCUAAGGGGACACCCAGUGACGAGGAAGGUGCAAGGACAGGCCUUGGCAGUCCCUCAACGACAAAUAUAGAGGAAAGUGCCCCAAUGGUUGAAGAAUGGGAGAAUAAAACCAUUGGUGGAAAACUAGACAACAUCCGCAAGGCACCACAGAGUUUGCAUGCUAGUUUUAGAUUCAAGGCGACCUUGCAUCAUGAGGUAACUGAUGGUGCUGCUACAAUAAAGGGUUUUAAGAAGUUGGGAGAAAUGCGUGCACAUGAGGACUCAGAUGCUGAGAACGACAUGUUGCUUAUUCGGCGACAAAUGAGCUCUGGGACUCAACCGGUUCAUCUUGUCGUAGCACGUUCAUCUAACGUGCUCGUUGCCCCUACGCACGAUGGUACUGAGAUUGAGUCGGCAUCAACAUCCGCAUCUGCAUCUAGCCCGAGGAUUGUGUACCCAAAAGUUGCGUUGUUUGAGUGUGAGCAAGGGGCACGAGGACAGGCCGUGGGCUCAUUGAAAGUUGUGAAUGAGUUGAAGGAGGAGUUGGAUAAGGCUUUAGCUGAGAAGGCAAGUGGCAUUCAAGCCACCAAGGAUGAGGCUGGUCUUGUUGAAGAACGCGACAAGAAGGUGGAGUUUAAGAGGGAUAAUGCUCUGAAUGAGCUAAGCUCCUUAAGGCAAUGGGUGGCUGCGACAAACCAAAAUCUUGUGUGCAUUGAAGAAGCCUUGAAGAAGACAAAGAGCCUAGCCUUUUUUAAGGGGGAGGAAAUUGACGAGCAAGGUAAGAGUCUCACCUCUCUAGCCUACACCACCAUGCAGCUAAAAUGGGAAUUGAACGAGGAUGGAGUGCCCACAUGGCCUCCAUUUAUUCUUGAAGAAAGGGAGGAUUUGGAGGGUUUACCAACCUUUGACGCUUGGGUGGCCAGGGUGCCUAAGGCAGAGGUUGAACCUUUUAGUACUCCAUCAACUUCUCAGCCUUUUGCCGCUUCAGCUAAUUCUCCUCCAGCUCAUGCUGACGCAUCUAUCUCUGUAAACUUGAUGGAUGACUAGGGUGUUAGGUUUUUCAUUUUCUUUUGCAUUUUGUGUAUUUGUGUUUUGAUGUUUUGAACAAUUUCCAUAUUUUCUCUUGUAUUGCAAAUUAUGAUAUAAGAGAAAUACAAUUGGGAAGAUACUUUUUGUAGAACUUAUGCAUUCAUUAAACUUUGAACAUACAC